AUGCUAAGGCUGUUUGUGUUUGGGGUGCUGCUCCAAGACAUUCUGGGGAGCAACCAAGAUGAAACUUCUCACCUAGAGGAUCUUCAAGGGUCAUCAUCAUCUACUUACUGGAACCUGCACUUGCCGGAAGAGCACAUUCCCUACUUUUUCCACAAUAAUAGACAUCUUGCUGCAACCUGUGAGAAAGACCCACAGUGCCCUUUUAGAAAACAUUUAAAGCAUCUCGAAUCUUGCUGGGGCUAUGAGAAAUCAUGUAGGCCAGAGUUCCGGUUUGGCUAUCCUUUUUGUAGUUUCGUGGAUAUGGGAUGGACUAAUACCAUUGAAUCAGCUCAGGAGAUAUUCUGGAAACAAGCGGAUUUUGGUUAUGCAAAGGAGCGCCUGCAUGAAUUACGGACCCUCUGCCAACCUAUGGAAACAGGCGACUCCUGGCUAGUUUGCUCCCGCUACCUCCAGUACUGCAGAACAUCCAACUUCUAUGUCGAUCUGAGACAAGUAAAGAGAAACCAUGACCGAUUUAAGGAAAACUUCCUACAGAAAGGCAACAUAGGAGGUCAUUGUAAACUCGAUAUUCGCACAUUGAUGUCUGAAGGGCAACGCAAAAGUCCUCUUCAGUCUUGGUUUGCUGAACUACAAACAUACACAGAGUUAAGCUUCAGACCUAUCGAAGAUGGCAAGUGUGACAUUGUCAUUGAAAAGCCAACCUACUUCAUGAAGUUAGAUGCAGGGAAUUGUGCAAAUUACCCAUCAGUCACCGAGGAGGAGGAUAACAUCCCAGACUUCAUACAGAGCUCCUAUGGAUAUGGGGACCUGUUCAGUGAGACUUGGAAGGCAUUCACUGAUUAUGAUGUCAUCCAUUUGAAAGCUUAUGAUUCAAAAACGGUGUGUUUCAAAGAAGCUGUCUUUUCCUUACUUCCUCGCAUGAGAUAUGGAUUGUUUUACAACACACCACUGAUCUCUGGCUGCCAAAAUACGGGAUUAUUUCGAGCGUUUUCCCAGCAUGUGUUGCACAGACUGAACAUCACACGGGAUGGACCAAAGGAUGGAAAAAUUCGUGUUACUAUCCUUGCCCGCAGUACAGAAUAUCGGAAGAUAUUAAACCAGAAUGAGCUUGUAAAUGCACUGAAAACUGUGUCUGCCUUCGAGGUCCAAAUAGUAGAUUACAAAUACAAGGAGAUUGGGUUUUUGGAACAAUUGAGGAUCACACACAACACAGACAUUUUUAUUGGCAUGCAUGGAGCUGGUCUGACCCACUUGCUUUUUCUCCCAGACUGGGCCGUGAUCUUUGAACUGUACAACUGUGAGGAUGAACGCUGCUAUCUAGACCUAGCCAGGCUGCGAGGGAUUCACUAUGUCACCUGGAAGAAAAAGAGCAAGGUCUUCCCUCAAGAUAAGGGUCACCAUCCAACUCUAGGAGAACAUCCCAAAUUUACAAACUAUUCUUUCGAUGUCGAGGAAUUUAUGUCUAUCGUCCUUCUGGCUGCAGAUCAUGUAUCUCAACAUCCAAAGUGGCCAUUUAAGAAAAAGCACGAUGAGCUAUGA